UGACCAUAGAAGGUGUGGGGAGAGUAUUUUCAUCUCCACUUCAGUCAUCCAUGAAGGGGUGGUGAAUUUCAUUAUGAAGACCAGAUUGAUCAUAUGUAUUGUUGCGUUUUAUAUAACAGUGUUGGUUUGCCUGGGAGACAGCAUCCAACAGCUUAUGGCUGAUAAGGAAACAAUUAUCAAGAUAGCAGCUUCUGGCAAAUUGAUUCAGUGUUCAGCGGCUAUUGAUGUAAUUCUGCUUAUGGAUGGUUCAUACAGCAUUGGAAAAGGAAGCUUUGAAAGAUCUAAACACUUUGCAUCCAAAGUAUGUGAAUUGCUUGACAUAAAUCCAGACAGGGUGCAGAUUGGAGUGAUACAACACAGUUCCAAAUCUACUUCAGAAUUUGCUUUAGAUGCUUAUCCAACAAGAGAAGAAGCAAAAGAAGCCAUCAAAAAUAUUCACUAUAGAGGGGGGAGUACAAAAAUUGGUCGUGCCAUUAAGCAUGUUCUGAGAAAAGGAUUCCAAGGGGGAAGGAAUGAAGUUCCUAAGAUUAUGAUACUACUUACAGAUGGGAAAUCGCAGGACAACAUUAUUCCACCAGCCAUUUUUGCAAAGAGAAGUGGAAUAACCCUAUUUGCAGUGGGAAUCAAACAUCCGCAAUGGAAAGUAUUACACAGUGUCGCAAGCGAGCCCAGUGAGAUGUAUGUCUUCUUUGCUGAACACUAUGAUGAUGCAGUAAAUGGACUUUAUACAACUUUAACACAGAUCAGUGUUUGCAAUGACAUUCCACCUUCAUGUUAUGUGGAGUCUCAGAACUGCCUGAGAACAACCAUAGAGGCUCAGAAAGAGUACAAGGGAAAUCAUAUUUGCUGGAAGGGCAAAAGUACAGGAUUAUAUGUUAAACCCAUGGCUAGUAUAUGUCCUGUCUAUGGGUGGAAACGGGUAGAAAAUAAAAUACAUAGCCGAUGUCACCGAACACUGUGUCCAGAUCCCUGUGAGUCCAGUCCCUGUCUCAACGGAGGAACCUGCAUUACAGAAAGUGUGGAAGAGUUCAGCUGCCUGUGUACCCUUGGCUAUGGGGGAGAUAAGCAUUGUGCUGGAACCAGAUACCUCAUACCUGCAGGACUAGUGGAAUGCACAGUUGAUCUGAUCUUCUUGCUAGAUGGAUCCUGGAAUAUGGGCUUAGAAGGAUUUCUCAUAGCUAAAGAUUUUAUCAAAAGACUUGUUCAGUCUGUGUUUGAUUCCACCACCAAAGUCCAAAUUGCAGUUGCCCAGUAUGGAGAUAAAGUCAACAUGGAAAUCCCCAUUGGACGCUAUGGCACUGUCUUGGAUUUGAUGAAGGACAUAGACAAUAUUCACUUUAGAGGAGGCAACACUUUCACAGGAAGAGCUCUGGAUUACAUUGCGGAAUAUGGUUUCAGAUCUACACAGGGGUCUAGAACGGAGGUCCCCCAUGUUUUGGUGGUAUUGUCCAAUUCAAAGUCACAUGACUCGGUAAAUCUUCCUGCAGACAAUGCCAGAGAGAGGGAAAUAUUCAUUCUAACUGUCAGCAGGAGCAGAUUGUUCAGUGAAAUGAACCUCAUCACUGGAGACUCACGUCUGGUGUUUACCUUCAGUGAUCCGCAGGAGCUGUAUGGCAAAGUUAUGGAACUUAGAACAAAAAUAUGUGGAUUAAAUACAGCGGGCUGUUAUUCAAAGACUCUGGACCUGGUAUUUGCUUUGGAUGCAUCCCAUAAAGUUGGAAGGCAUGACUUUCGUCACAUCAAAGGCUUUGUUAAAAACAUAAUUUCACAGUUCGACAUUGACGCUGACCUCACCCAGAUCGGACUGGUGAUUUAUAGUGACAAGCCCCGGACAGUCUUCAACUUGGAUACCUUUGACAGUGAGGGGAAAAUGAAGAAAAGUGUAAGUCUGGCUCCAUAUUUAGGUGGAAACGCACAGACUGGUAAAGCCCUGCAGUAUAUAACAGAAGACACUUUUAGUGCCCGAAAGGGUGGCAGACUGGGAAUCCAAAAAGCUGUUGUUUUAAUAACAGACGGACAAAGUACAGAUGAGGUCACUACUGUUGCUGAGCAACUAAGACAACAUGGAGUUACUGUUCUCUUGACUGGAGUGGGGGAGGCCCAGUCACAGACUCUUCUGAGAAUAGCUGGGAACCCCAAGUUCAUGAUUCCAGUACCUGCCUAUGAACAUUUAAAACAUUAUGAGGCUAACCUAGUACAAAAGAUAUGUGAAGGACUCUCUCAGCAUAUGUUCUUCUGGCCAUGACAUGGGUCUAUGAUCACGAUAGUCCUGUUUUAGGUACCUGGGGUGCUUAAUUAGAGACUGCUCACAUCAGGACAAACCUAAUACAGGCUAUAAAGGGAUAGUCCCCCAUGCCAAACGAUGGUGGUGACUAAAACAGCUUGGAGUGUCACCAUGAAUACCACUGAGUAUUACUGACAUGUCAAAAAUGUAUUUGUGCUGGUUUUAGAAUAUCCUCUAUGAACAUAGAUAAAUGCGUGUGCAUGUUACUAUCUUAAAGAAGACUCAAGACAGCUGUUGGAAAAAGCCAAAAUUCCAAUAUGAUGUCAUUUGUUUCUUUCCAGAAUCAGGCAAUGAUCUCAGAACAAUAUAUUUAGAUAAAACAGAAGUAUAAUUGUCAACUGAUUAUAAAACACUAAAGAGAAAUACAUCACACAAGGAAGGCUGUUGAGUGGGAACCCAUUAUUAAAGAAGACACAAACAUGUUAUUUUGUGUAAAAAUGUGCUUGUUCAAAUGAUAAUACAUUACAGUAUUUUUUUACUUGUGUUUCUCUUGAUUGUGUAAUGGAACAGCACGCUGCAUUCUAAAAAAAAAUCUUACUAUGAAGGGAUAUUCAUGUAAGUAUUUUCAAGACUGCCAUUGCAACCUGUAUAUUUAGUAACAAGUCAUUUUUCUUGGCGUAUGUAAGUUUACUAUUUUAGAGCAAAAUACUUUUAAUUUUAGAACACUUACCUUUUAUGAUAUCUGCAGUAGUUGUGAACAGCUGUGAGUGUUGUUGCUCAAAUAUUGAAUUUUGUUAAUUUUCUUUUGUAUGACCUUCUAAAUUAAACUUUAAAAACAAACAAAAAAAAACUACAAUACUUCUUUCAAGCCACUGAAUUACAAGUCUUAGUUGUUUAUUUCUGAUUUGGUAACUUUUUGGGUACAUUUCUCCAUUCUGAAAAAAUUGUGCUCAUGAGAGAAGUAAAUAGCUUUGAGAAUUUAGCCUUGGUGUACUUACAGAAAACGGCAUUAAGCCAUUCCUUAUCAUUAAAGAAAGAGGGCUCAUUAUUCCUUAUAGCUGUAAUUAGAUUUGCUGUAAUAAAAACCCAUGAGUAACGUGGUAACUCAGAUGUGAGUGUUCCAUAGAGAUAAAUAAUGCAAUACUGGUUGUAAAUAGUACCAGAACAUAUAGAAGUUAGGACCUUUACUAUAGAAAUUAAUGUACUCAAAAAUGCAUUUCUAUGAGGUGGAAUUAUUUUUAAUAUUAAUUUGCUUCAUGUACUUUUGUUUAUGUUUAAAUAUAUAACGCUGUGUCAAAGCAAAUAGCAAGAUCUGUAGGCAUUAUAGGAACAACAAAAAUUAUAUUAAGUACAGUGGCAGAAAUUCAGCUACUACAUAAUCAACCAAACAUAAAUCAAUUAAAUUAGUCAAGCAAAUAAAAA